AUGACAUCCACCCGCAAGAGAGGUCGUGAACCCGAGGAGGAGCUCCAAGCCCUUCCUAGUGAUGAAAGCGAAGAGGAAGAAGAGUAUGAAGACUCCGAACCCGAACUAGAGGAAGGAAGCGACGACGACGAAGAAGCGGAAGAAUCUGCCUCAGCCUCAGACGAUGAAGAAGAAGAGGAAGAAGAGGAAGCCACCAAAGCCCCAGGCCCAGCACCAAAGAAGCGAAAAACCGCACCUGCAGUCGUUGACGAUGAUGAAGGCGUCGAAGUCGCACGGAACGGUGACGGCGGCGAAGGUGAAGACGAGGAACCUGCUGCCGAGGAAGGAGAGGAAGAACCAGUCGAUGUGACAGCUGAGAAGAGUGGUCCUGCGGCUGCGGCUGCCAAGGCUAAGGGUGGUGAUGUUCCCAAGGAAUCAGAUCUUCCUGAGACUGAGGCGGUUGAGAACGAUGAGUAG